AUGUCAAGUAUAGAUUCGCCCAUGCCGUUGGCUGAUAUCGAGUCGGUUUUAGCCUGGGUCGAUACUUUUAAACUGUCAAGGCCUACGAAGAAGAUUAAUCGAGAUUUUUCGGAUGCUGUCCUUCUAGCAGAAAUCCUCAACGUGUAUUAUCCGAAAUUAGUAGAAAUGCACAAUUAUCCUCCAAGAAACAGCCAUUCUUUGAAAUUAAACAACUGGAUGACGUUAAAUAGAAAAGUAUUGAAGAAACUGAAGUUAAACCUGUGCAAUAACACAAUGGAACAGCUGGCGAACUGUGCUCCUGGUAUCAUUGAAAGGGUCCUUGUAAUGGUUCGGGAUAAAAUACGCCGAGACGAAGACCUGAAUAAGAGUAUGAAAGAAGGUGAACAGAAUAUGUCCAGUGGGGGCAGCUAUUACGAAGCGUGUGGGGAAGAUGAAAAUAUUCUUGUUGUUCCCGUCAAAGUAAGAGUUAACGGAGUAUUAGAGGUUAUACAGAAGAAAGUAGUCAGCCAUGAGUCUUAUCUUGCUGUGAAGGAAGAAAUGAAAGAUGCAAGAGAUUCAGCAGAUUUACUAAAACAAAAGGUAGAGCAUUUAGACAAUUUAUUAAAACUAAAGAAUGAGAGAAUAGAAGAGUUACAAAAACAACUCGAAAGGAAACAAUCGAGACGUAAAGAAGUUGAAAUUUUACAAAAUAGUCUAUCCGUACCCUUUGAUGAGCCACCAUCGCCAAACGUAAAUGAUCUAGUAGCAAAUAAAAUAUUACCACUAAAAUCUAUCGAAUCUUUACCAAAAUUACCAAAAGAAGAAUCAAGAAUUCCCAUACCAAUAAUAGACUUAACUAAAUCUAUAUCAAAGCCGAGUAUUACUGAAGUAACAUCAAAAGACUGUAUCGAAAAUGAUAUUAUUGAAAGAGUUAAGUCAAAUUUGUUUAAGGAAAUUGUCGAUGAAACUAAUUCUGAUAGUUUUUGCGAUACUCAAGAGCUUGUUGAUGAAUGCGAAAAGAUUGCAACGAUAGAAGCUACUAUACAAAAAGAAAUAAAACAGAUUUGCGAGACUAAUGGUGUAUCAAAUAUUAUAAUA